AGAGAGAGAGCAGCAAACAGGCACAGGAGCAGAGCUGAGAGACAGCUACUGCUGCAGACACGGGGCUGCGUCGGUGCUGAAGGAGGAGGGGAGGAGACGGAGGAGGAGGAGGGUGGAGGGGGUGAAAAAGAAAGAGGGAGGCUAAUGAUACUGGCACACUCGGCUUCCUGGGAGCACAUCUGUAAUGUGAGAGCAGCCCUAUCCAGUGCGGAGCCCAACACUGCUGCUGAAAGAUGUCAUGGCGUCCGCAGUACCGAAGCUCCAAGUUUCGAAAUGUUUACGGCAAAGUGGCAAACAGGGAGCACUGCUUCGAUGGGAUCCCCAUCACCAAAAACGUCCAUGACAACCACUUCUGCGCUGUCAACACCAAGUACCUCGCCAUCGUGACAGAGAGCGCCGGAGGAGGGUCUUUCCUGGUCAUCCCCUUGGAGCAGACAGGCCGCAUCGACCCCCACUACCCAAAGGUGUGCGGUCACCAGGGCAACGUGCUGGACGUCAAGUGGAACCCCUUCAUCGAUAACAUCAUCGCAUCCUGUUCUGAGGACUCCUCCGUGCGGAUAUGGGAGAUCCCGGAAGGGGGGCUGAAGCGCAACAUGACGGAGGCCGUACUGGAGCUGUACGGGCACAGCCGGCGCGUCGGCCUCAUCGAGUGGCACCCCACCACCAACGGCAUCCUGUUCAGCGCCGGGUACGACUACAAGAUCCUCAUCUGGAACCUGGACAUCGGCGAGCCGGUGAAGAUGAUCGACUGCCACACGGACGUCAUCCUCUGCAUGUCCUUCAACACGGACGGCAGCCUGCUGGCCACCACCUGCAAGGACAAGAGGCUGCGCGUCAUCGAGCCGCGCUCUGGGGACGUGCUGCAGGAGGCGAACUGCAAGAACCACAAGGUUAACCGCGUGGUGUUCCUGGGCAACGUCAAGCGGCUGCUGACCACAGGCGUGUCCCGCUGGAACACCCGGCAGAUUGCACUCUGGGAUCAGGAGGACCUAUCCAUGCCAAUCAUAGAGGAGGAGAUAGAUGGGCUAUCAGGGCUUCUCUUCCCUUUCUACGACGCAGACACGCACAUGCUCUACCUGGCUGGAAAGGGAGACGGAAAUAUUCGAUACUACGAGAUCAGCACAGAGAAACCCUACCUCCAGUACCUCAUGGAAUUUAGAUCCCCAGCCCCACAGAAAGGACUUGGUGUGAUGCCAAAGCACGGCCUGGACGUGGCCGCCUGUGAAGUCUUCCGAUUCUACAAGCUGGUGACGCUGAAGGGGCUGAUCGAGCCCAUUUCCAUGAUUGUGCCAAGGAGGUCAGAGACGUACCAGGAGGACAUCUACCCAAUGACUCCAGGAACAGAGCCAGCCCUUUCCGCCGAUGAGUGGCUGAGCGGGAUCAACCGAGACCCAGUACUGAUGUCCCUGAGGGAGGGGUACCGGCGGCCCUCGCAGCUGGUCUUCAAGGCCCCGGCGAAGGAGAAGAAGAGCGUCGUGGUGAACGGCAUCGACCUGCUGGAAAACGUGCCUCCCCGGACCGAGAACGAGGUGAGGUGGCUCAUGGGGAUCCUGGGGUGGGGCGGUGAGCCCCAUGUCUCACACACUUGGUCAGCCUGAAGCCCUCACUGUCAA